UCUAAGUAUUAUGCUAUUGUGCUUGUGGUACAAAUAGCACAAGUAGUGAGACCACUUUUUGGGGUGUUAUAUAUUAAGUCGAUUGCGACAGAAUUUGUGUAUUUAAAGAGGAUGUGCAGAACACACACACACAUAUACGAUUGGUAUGCUAUCUGGGGAAGCGGAUAGCCGAGUGAUUAGAGAGCCUGUUAUCGCGCUGGUUCAAUUCUCGCGGGAAUGGGUACCUGACUCCUCAGAGGGUUGGGGAAGGUAAGGCAGUGAGGUAGAGGAGAUGGACACCAGCUGGCCUCGAGAAAAGCGAGGUCUCUAACACCUCACCCCCAAACGACCUGAAAAGCACCACUAUGAAUCGGCACUAUUUUGGGCAGAUAAGGUAGUGUCACUUUCAGGAGGUGCUUUGGAGGACAUGUACUGGUAUGCCCAGACUUUGUAUCACACAGGCCAGUUUCACAGAGCAGCCACAUUAUUGUGCAGUAGAAAAUUAGAUAAGCACUAUGCUGCAUGCAGAUAUUUAGCAGCAAAAUGUCAUUUUGAGUGCAGGGAGUGGCAGGAAGCGUUGAACAUUCUUGACAUGGCUGAUACAUCCCUGGCUCGUUCAUCCAUUCUCAAUAUGAGCAUCAGCCAAAGCUUUGUAGACCAAGACAGUAGUCUUCCUGUUAAAGGGAUAAAUAGCUCAAUCAGUCUACUGAGAGGGCGAAUAUAUGAGGCCAUGGACAAUCGUGGUCUGGCAGCUGAUUGUUUCCGAAGGGCACUGCAGCAGGAUGUUUACUGCUUUGAGGCUUUGGAUCUUCUUGUCAGUCAUCAUAUGCUUACUGCACAAGAAGAAAUGGACCUGCUGAAUUCUCUUCCAUUGACAGUGUGCUGUGGUGAAGAAGAAAUGGAGCUAGUCAGAUUUUUGUAUGAAAACAGGCUUAAAAAGUACAAUAAACCAGGCAAGCAAGAGGUGCCAGAAAGUCUAAGUUUACUCAAGAACAAUAUGGAUGUGGUGGUGAAUCUAGCAGAGAGGAAUUAUUACAACUGUGAUUUCCAGGAAUGUUUUCAAAUAACCAGCAGCGUUCUUAGCAAAGAUCCAUACCACAGUCAAUGUCUUCCACUUCAUAUAGCAGCUUUAGUAGAGCUAAAGAAAUCCAAUGCUCUUUUUUACCUAGGCCACAAGUUGAUUGACUUUUACCCCAAUAAACCAGUGUCAUGGUUUGCAGUCGGAUGUUAUUACUUGCUCACCAAAAAUUAUGAACCAGCCAGACGCUACUUAAGCAAAGCAACAAGCCUAGAGAAAACGUUUGGACCAGCAUGGCUGGCAUAUGGACAUUCAUUUGCUGCUGACAAUGAACAUGAUCAAGCCAUGGCAGCUUACUUCACUGCAUCUCAGAUUAUGAAGGGGUGUCACUUACCUGUUCUCUACAUAGGUUUGGAAUAUGGUCUUACCAGUAAUGCCAAAUUAGCAGAGCGGUUCUUCAGUCUUGCCAAAAGCAUUGCACCUGAUGACCCUUUUGUUUUACAUGAAAUGGGUGUCAUUGCCUUCCAGAACCAGGACUGGCAUGAGGCUGAGAGAUACUUCAAAGAAGCUCUGAAUCGUGUACAAAGUGUACCAUACCAGAACAUGCCAGACAAGUGGGAGGCACUGCUGAACAACUUGGGGCAUGUUGCACGUAAACUCAAAAAGUAUGAUGAAGCACUGGAAUAUCACAGACAGGCAGAACUUCUGUUACCUCAGAAUCCCUCCACUUAUGCUGCCAUUGCUUAUGUGCAUUCAUUAACAGGAGACAAUGAACAGGCUGUGGAUUAUUUCCACAAGGCUCUAGGACUUCGCAGAGAGGAUGCAUUUUCCACUACAAUGCUGGGGAGUGUUAUUGAAGCCCUAAUGGUAGAGGUGACGCCUUGUGACUUUCCAGAUGAAGAUUCUGAAGCAUUUGGUUCAACCAAGCUGCCGCUACCACCAUUACCACUACAGAGAGGUUUUGUGGACCUUGACAGCCAGUCUUGCCUUGUCUCACCAAGCGAUCGCUCCUCUAGCAUGGCUAUAGAAGAGGUUGAAAUGGAUGACUGAUGUUUGAUGCUUCCUGAAGUGAGAACCUUUGACUGUUGGUGGUUACCCUCAAGUGUUCCUAUCAAGAUACACUUCCAUCAUUGCAGAUAUUAAAGGAAACCACAUGUUAAAAGUGAACAAUAAGCACCAUUGUUCAAGUAACAAGACUAUGGUCUAAAACUGCCGGUGUUGUCACACUUACUGCCUGUAAUCAUGAAUAUGUUGAACAUGGAGAUGGUGUUUUUGAACUUUAAGUGAUAUUUCUGUUGCUACUCUCUACACAAGCACUUGACACUCUCACAUUAUGCUGCUUCAUGUCUACAAGUCCACUGUUAUCGCUGCAUUUAUUGGGGUGCUUGUGUAAGGGUGUGGUCACCAGUGAACAUUUUGGAAACUUCUCUCCUUCAUCAACCUUUCAAGACUUUUAGACUUUAUAACAGUUGUGUGUUCAUGACAUGGUCGCAAGUGUACAUAAAUAUCUGAAUUGUUGCUACAAGCAGGAUGUAACUGCAUAAACAAAGUCUUCCUGUUACUUUCUUGUCACCUGUAACUGAUGGUGGUGUUACCUGAUAAAACUGUGAUGGAUUGUAGAUAAUGUUUAUUCCGCUACACUUAGUACAUGCUGCCAACCUAACGUUUCUUUAGUCUGCUUGUACUGCUUCUCCACCUGCUCUGCUGUCCACCCAUAUAAUUGUCCUAGAAGCAUGCUAGUAAAUUUAUGCUCAUUCAUGCACCCUGAACACUCUUCCUAUAUGACACAAAUAUCUUAAUGCUUAAAUAAGUUGCCAGACAAGACUUGAGCUUUAAAGAACGGAAAGUCUGA